AUGCCUCGUUCUCGCGGUGGUGCAGGACCUUCCCGAUCGGCCCCGUCAAGGCCAACCGCUUCAGCACCUCGGCCUGCGGCGCCACAGCAGCAACAGCACCGACCCAUGUCGACCGCUCCCACUGCGCCUGCCCAACAAGCCCAUGCUCCUCCUGCCCAGACAUCACAAGGUCCAGGUCUGUUCGGCCAGAUGGCAAGCACCGCAGCUGGUGUUGCCGUCGGUUCCUCAAUUGGCCACGCCAUCGGCGGAUUCUUCAGCGGCGGCAGCUCCUCUUCUGCCCCCGUCGAGCAACAACAACAGCAGCAACAGCUACCCACCGACGCCUACGCAAACACCGGAAACGCCAUGGACAACAGACUGUACAGCCAGAGCUCGUCGACCGAGGCCACCGGCCCCUGCGCCUCGGACAUCAAGAGCUUCACCGACUGCAUGAACCAGAACCAGGGCAACAUGACAAUCUGUGGCUGGUACCUCGAACAACUCAAGGCCUGCCAACAGGCCGCUCGACAAUACUAG